AUCGAAUUUGAGAAUGAAAAAACAUUUCAGGAAAUAUCGGUUUUAGUACCAAAUUUAUGUAGUGUAUCAAAUUUUCGAAUAUAUAAAUGAUGUUUUGCAAGUUACGUCGUUUAGAAUUGCUUCGUUCCGGACAACUGUCGGAUUGUGAGCUAAAAGUCUGGUACACGAAUAAAUCGAUGACUUGUUGCUGCCGCGAAUUCAAGUGCCACAGGAUUCUGUUGACGUCUGCCUCGGAGGAGUUCGAGAGCAUGUUCCGCGAAACGGAUUUCAAUAAAUCCAAGCUUGUGAUCAAUGUGAAUGACGCCAUGCCCGAUGCUUACGAGACCCUGUUGCUUUAUAUAUACACGUAUGAGAUAUACAAUGAUAUCCAGAUAGAGAUGUUUCCCGAUCUCGUCUAUUUGGCCACCAAAUACAAAAUGCCCGACUUUGUGGACGGCUACAUUGGCAAAUUCGUCGAUAAGGAAUGGCCCAUGUCUACGGUGCUCAAAAUGUUUCAAUUGGCCAAUGAACACAAUCGCCCGGCCAUGAUGAAACUGGUGGGCAAGAAAAUUGUGCCAAUGGCUAAGAGGGUGAUCAGUGAUAAUAGUUUUCUGAAAUUUACCGUUAAGGAGUUGCAUGCUCUGAUGUUAAUUUUGAAGGGUGCUAACACCAUUCCUGACAAUGAAUUGCUCUUGGCACUGAAGAAAUAUCAGAAAUGCAAUAAUAUCUAUUAUAGAAAUAUGUGCUGCUUUCAACAAUUUGUCCAAGUGACACAUCUAUUUGGAGGUUUGCUUUUCGAGCCUGACGGCACUUUGGCCGUAAAAGACGACAAUGAAACGAAAGAAGCAGAAACAGAAGCGGCAGCGGUAGAGGCAGUAGCAGCAGCAGCAGCGGAAGAUUAG